AUGAAUGAGAGCAAGAACCAAGCCAUGAACGAGACCAUAACAGUUGCGGUCCGUGAUCCGAAGCUCGCGAGGUGCCUUCCUGGGUUGUCUUCACCGAGGCCUUUGAGUGAGCCCGAUGCAGCAGCCGCCAAGCUGCAAAGGAUCUACAAGAGCUUGUGCGGAAGCAGGAGAAACCUAGCAGAUUGCGCGGUCGUGGUUGAGGAGCUCUGGUGGAAGGCAUUAGAUUUUGCGUCUCUGAAGCAUUGCUCUGUGUCAUUCUUCAACGUUGGAAAACCCGAAACAGCCGCUUCCCGAUGGGCAAGGGCAAGAACUAGAGCAGCCAAGGUCGGCAAGGGUUUGUCGAAAGACGAAAAGGCUCAGAAACUAGCACUACAACACUGGCUAGAAGCUAUCGAUCCACGCCAUCGGUACGGCCACAAUUUGCAGUAUUACUAUGACGUCUGGUUUGAGAGCGAGAGCUCCCAGCCAUUCUUGUUCUGGCUGGAUGUUGGCGACGGACGGGAGAUAAACCUCGACAAGUGCCCAAGAAGCAACCUUCACGACCAAUGCAUUCGGUAUCUCGGACCAAAAGAGAGGGAAGCAUAUGAAGUCAUCGUGGAGGAUGGGAGGCUCGUCUACAGAGAAAGUGGACUCCGCGUGAGCACUGCGGAAGGCUCCAAGUGGAUCUUCGUCCUCAGCACAUCAAGAGUGCUUUAUAUUGGUCAGAAGAGGAAGGGGAACUUCCAGCAUUCCAGCUUUCUAGCUGGGGGAGCAGCUACGGCUGCGGGGAGAUUGGUGGUUGCCGGAGGGGCGCUUAAGGCGAUAUGGCCAUACAGCGGUCACUACCUCCCAACAGAAGAGAACUUCGAGGAAUUCAUCAUCUUCCUCCGAGACAACAACGUAGACCUCAGCAAUGUCAAGAGAUGUUCUGUCGACGAUGAUAUGUACCCCUCGUUCAGAAAGAACACCGAGGAGAUGGAAGACGUCGCGAAGGUUCCCAAUGCAGCUCAGGAAGCAACAGGUUGGGACUUUGACAUGCAAGGCAGAGUCACCAUGGAGAGCGACGGUGGCACGCAGAUCUUGGAUGCACUAACCGAUAACACAAGCAUCGAUCGAAGAUUUUGUUCUUUUAAUUAUUUUUUUCGAUAA